AUGAUUCCAAAGUGUGGCUUAGGACGAGGCACUCCAUCAAUGUUGGCAGGUGAGGAAGAGAAUAUUGGUGCAUCUACAUCCGCACCACAACCGGUUGGCUUUCCAGGAGGGUCGUACGUUACGUCUCUUCUAGUAAAGUACAAGCAUCUUGUUGCUAGACAUUUAUGCUCCAGUGAGGAGAGAGGUCCAAAGAAAGAGCUGGAGGUUGUUGGACAUGGGCAGAAGCUUACAUAA